GACGGUGGCAUGAUGCAAGAAUCAGAGGAUGAAAAUAUGGAAAUGGAACACGAACGUGACGGAUCGAUGCCGUAUGAUGAGCAAAGCGAAGAGUGUGAGAUUGACUCACUGCCUGCAUUACCGGAUGUAAGUUGUUCGUUCUGUUGA